AUGGAGUUCUGUUGGAGAGCACAGGCCACAGCGACAACGGGAGACGCGGUUGCGCGAACACGAAAGCCGAUGAGAAGCACCAGUCAACUCACGCUAGAAAACGCAGAUGAUACCUUCUGCUAUCUCCAGAAGUUUAAAGUGCUUGUAUGUCGAGAACAUACCACGGCUGUGCAGAAUCUCGACACGCAUCUAAAGGAACACCAUGUCGUGCAUGUCCACGAGCGAAAGGCUAUUGUUGAGAAGUAUAGCGGCUUAUGGAUCAAGAAGCCAGAUGAAGUUGAGCUUCCACGGCCCUAUGGACUGCCAUUUAAAGUUCUUGGUGAUCCACUUGAAGCAUUUCAAUGCGAGCAGGCCGAGUGCAACUACAUUACACGCAAUAAUAACGUGUUCAGAAUACACUGUAGAGAGAAGCACAAGAUAACGUGGAAAGGCAAAGCAAGCAAGUUGUUUGAAAAGGGUAAAGUGCAGACCUUUUUCCGCACCGGAGGUCUCCAACGAUAUUUUGUUGUGGCUGUUCCAGUAGAACCUGGGGAGAUGAACAGGCUGCCAGCAGGUGUGAGGGUGGAGGUGGACACGCUAAUGGAUGAAUGGAAUGUUGUUAGAGCCGAGCACGAGAAAGAGAUGCAAGUAAUGGACGCAGAAGCUGCAAAGACAGACAGAACCGGCUGGUUCAAUCGGACAGGCUGGCUAAAGCACUUCAAAAAGCGCAAUCUCAUCCACCUUGCACAUGCAGCCCAUCUUCCAGGCAAAGACGAACGAAAGCUGAAACAGGCUUCACGUAUCGUCAAGCUGCUGAUAGAGCAGAGCGUUGCAGGCCUUUCAUCACUGGCCCGCGAGACGAGGCGCUAG